AAUCUCUCCGAAGUGGUCAAAGGGUAACAGAGGGUCUGUUUGGGUCCAAUGGUUUCAACGACCGAAUAUGUCGAUAAACAUGAAUGAAGAGGACAUGGUUCGGACCAGUACAAACCGUGGAGCAGCCUCUAAAUCGGCAGCUCAAACAAUUUAUGGCAGUUUGUCCUCAUCAUCAUCUGUAAGCACUGCCAAUGGUUCUGUAGGACAUAUGAGCCGUACAGAAAGGCGUAUGUGUGGCUGGUUUCCAGAGAGUGGCACAAUGUCACCUGUCCGCCGUACUUUUUGCUUGUUUGUGACCUUUGACCUGAUAUUGACUUUUAUAUUGUGGGUCAUUUAUACACAAUUAAUUGGUGAUUCGUCAGUAUGGGAAGCUUUCACGAAACAGCUGGCAGGAUUCACGAUAAAGUCAUCCUUGUUUGACACUGUUAUGUUGGCAGCAAUGAGGUUUACAUUCCUAUUGCUAGGUUAUGCCCUUCUUCGUCUCAACCACUGGUGGGUUAUAGCACUGACAACCUUUUUAACAUGUGGUUAUCUUUUAGCCAAAUGUUUUUUAUUCAAUUUUAAAGAUAAUAAUAAUAAUCCUCUGAGUUAUGUUGUCCUGAUCAUCUCGUUUGUGUUGGCCUGGGCCGAGACAUGGUUCCUGGACUUCAAAGUCAUCCCGGUGGAGAAAAAGCACCGAGAUCGAGUUAACCAUAGCCAUCAGUAUGUGUCCGAGAGGAGCAGACUGAUAGGAGACUCAGAGCAAGGAGUCAUGUCGGGCGAGGAUCAUGAGUAUUACUCACCUCUCGUCACACCUGAAGGUUCUGAUGACGAGGGGGAACAUCGAAGUGGAUUUCAGACGCCACGUCGAGGUCACAGUAGGCAGGCAAGUCAGUCGUCCGUGACUAGUAUACUGGGGGCCCGGGAGCAGGACUUUGUGAGACAAGCACGGGAAGCGAUGGACAUUACCUUGGAGAUGAUGAACCUGGAAGAUGGAUGGAAGCUACAGGUUGGCGAUAAUCUGGAAAAUGGCAUCGUACACAGUCAGUACUUCAAAAAGUACAACAGGAAAAUAUUCAGACUACAGGCCAUCAUGAAUAUGGAUCCUAAAAGAAUAUGGGAGGAAUUAGCCUAUGGAACAAACAACUCACCUCAGUGGAAUCCCACUCUGGUAGAAUGUAGAACACUUGAAACCAUAGACGAUAAUACAGAGAUUAGCUACAAUAUUGCUGCUGAGGCAGCAGGUGGAUUAGUUACCGCCCGUGACUUUGUCAAUGUGCGUUGCUGGGGCGUAAGGAAUGGUGUCUACCUCAGUUGUGCAUGUGGAACAACAUAUGCAGAUAUGCCUCCUCAGAAAAAAUAUGUCAGAGGAGAGAAUGGUCCAGGAGGAAUAGUGUUGAAGGCUCUGCCAGAUGAUUCCAGCAAAUCUGAACUCACCUGGUUUUUAAAUUCAAGUCUGAAGGGCUGGAUCCCUCAGUCGGCAGUAGAACAAGGGCUAUCAGGAUUCCUUUUAGAUUAUUUGAAGUACCUGUCACAACGUCUAGAAGAAAUCCGUGAGGAGGAGGGGUCCUGAUGUCACAAAGCUUUAGAUGUCUUUCAUUUACAUACGGUAUCAUCUUCUGAGACAUUCUGCUAAAUAGACAGUGUAUAAAUCAUUUUUGUAUCAUCAUUGCUGGCCUCUGUACAAAGCAAUUGGUGUAAUUGUCUUAGCAUUACAAAAUCUAUGGUUAUCCAUGGUAUUCUUGUCAUCUGUGGUCUGCAAUGGGUUAUGACUGGCCAUCAGAGCAUUAAAUACUGUGUUAAAACAUUUCUCAUGUCUUCGUGAUCCUAAACUAAGUGAAUUCAAAAAUAUGAUCUACUACAACGUUAGAGACAUGCAUAUUUUGUGGUGAUUGAUGAAGAAAGUAAGGAUAGAGUUUACAAGACUGUGACAGAUGUGUUUAUUCUCCUGAUAAAGGGAGAGAUCCAAUGAUGUUUUGAGGAAUGAUAUAUAACACAGUAUUCUGUCCUUGUAACACCCUUCACUAUCAACUGUUCACUAAUGUGUACAAGAUCACACUUUUCUUGGCAUGAACAAUUCUGAUAUCUGAAAUAUAUACAAUGGACACAAAUCUGCAUUAUUUUACAUAGGAAGAAAGUUAUUGAUAUACUUUAAAAUCAUUUAUAUUUCUGGUUGUUUGAUUCA